AUGCUGGCCGGGGGAAAGAAGGCCGCGGAGGCGGCGGGCGGCGAGGGCGGGUCCGAGGCUCCGGUACCUCCGUCGGCUGCUGUAGGAGCGCUGGGUUCCUCCGCUGAGAGCGGCGGGGCCGGAGAGCGCACUCCUCGUAAGAAGGAGCCGCCUCGGGCCUCGCCCCCGGGAGGUGCAUCCGAGCCGCCCGCCGCCCCCGCGUCCGGCGGCGAAACCACCGGCAUCGCAGAGACCCCCGAGGGCCGCCGGACAAGCCGCCGCAAGCGGGCCAAGGUAGAGUAUAGAGAGAUGGAUGAGAGCCUUGCAAAUCUCUCAGAAGAUGAAUAUUACUCUGAAGAAGAGAGAAACGCUAAAGCUGAGAAAGAGAAGAAGCUGCCACCUCCACCUCCACCUGCUCCUGCAGAAGAAGAGAAUGAAAGUGAGCCCGAGGAGCCAUCUGGGCAAGCAGGAGGACUUCAAGACGACAAUUCUGGAGGGUAUGGAGACGGCCAAGCAUCAGGUGUGGAGGGUGCAGCUUUCCAGAGUAGACUUCCACAUGACCGUAUGACAUCUCAAGAAGCUGCCUGCUUCCCUGAUAUAAUCAGUGGGCCACAGCAGACUCAGAAGGUGUUUCUGUACAUCAGGAACCGCACCCUGCAGCUCUGGUUGGAUAACCCAAAGAUUCAGUUGACAUUUGAGGCAACUAUCCAGCAAUUAGAAGCACCUUACAAUAGUGAUACGGUGCUCGUUCACAGGGUGCACAGCUAUCUGGAGCGGCAUGGGCUGAUCAACUUCGGCAUCUACAAGAGAGUGAAGCCUCUUCCAACCAAGAAGACUGGGAAGGUGAUCAUCAUUGGUUCUGGUGUGUCUGGGUUGGCAGCAGCUCGCCAGUUGCAGAGUUUUGGCAUGGAUGUCACAGUUCUGGAAGCCAGGGAUCGAGUGGGAGGAAGAGUCGCUACCUUUCGUAAAGGGAACUACGUGGCUGAUUUGGGAGCAAUGGUGGUAACAGGACUUGGAGGAAAUCCCAUGGCUGUGGUCAGCAAACAAGUGAACAUGGAGCUGGCUAAGAUCAAACAGAAGUGCCCACUGUAUGAAGCAAAUGGACAAGCUGUUCCAAAAGAGAAAGAUGAAAUGGUGGAGCAAGAAUUCAAUCGUCUGUUGGAAGCCACCUCUUAUCUCAGUCAUCAGCUGGAUUUUAAUGUUCUCAAUAAUAAGCCUGUCUCCCUAGGUCAGGCUCUGGAGGUUGUCAUACAAUUGCAGGAGAAACACGUGAAGGAUGAGCAGAUUGAACACUGGAAAAAAAUUGUGAAAACACAGGAGGAAUUGAAAGAUCUUCUUAACAAGAUGGUAAAUUUGAAAGAGAAGAUUAAAGAGCUCCACCAGCAGUAUAAGGAAGCAUCAGAAGUGAAGCCACCUCGGGAUAUUACAGCAGAGUUCCUUGUGAAGAGUAAACACAGAGAUCUGACUGCACUUUGCAAGGAGUAUGAUGAAUUGGCAGAAACACAAGGGAAGCUGGAAGAGAAGCUGCAGGAACUUGAAGCCAAUCCUCCAAGUGAUGUUUAUCUGUCUUCAAGGGAUAGGCAAAUACUUGACUGGCAUUUUGCAAACCUGGAAUUUGCUAAUGCUACACCUCUCUCUACACUUUCACUGAAGCACUGGGACCAGGACGAUGACUUUGAAUUCACAGGCAGCCACCUGACAGUGAGGAAUGGCUAUUCCUGCGUGCCUGUGGCCUUGGCAGAGGGGUUGGAUAUUAAGUUGAACACAGCAGUUCGGCAGGUUCGCUAUACAGCUUCAGGCUGUGAAGUGAUUGCUGUAAACACUCGAUCUACCAGCCAGACUUUCAUUUAUAAAUGUGAUGCAGUGCUGUGUACCCUUCCCUUGGGAGUCCUGAAGCAGCAGCCUCCAGCAGUACAGUUUGUGCCACCUCUCCCUGAGUGGAAAACUUCAGCUGUGCAACGUAUGGGAUUUGGCAACCUUAACAAGGUUGUGUUGUGUUUUGAUCGUGUCUUCUGGGAUCCAAGUGUCAAUUUGUUUGGUCACGUUGGUAGCACUACUGCAAGCAGAGGGGAACUUUUCUUGUUUUGGAACCUGUACAAAGCACCCAUUUUGUUGGCCUUGGUAGCAGGAGAAGCAGCAGGAAUCAUGGAAAAUAUCAGUGAUGAUGUCAUUGUUGGACGAUGCCUCGCCAUCCUCAAAGGCAUAUUUGGCAGCAGUGCUGUGCCACAGCCCAAAGAGACUGUGGUCUCCCGUUGGCGUGCUGAUCCGUGGGCCCGGGGCUCAUACUCCUAUGUAGCAGCUGGAUCUUCUGGAAAUGACUAUGACUUGAUGGCUCAACCAAUUACUCCAGGGCCAGCCAUUCCAGGUGCUCCACAGCCCAUUCCUCGCCUGUUUUUUGCAGGAGAGCACACGAUUCGCAACUACCCUGCCACUGUGCAUGGUGCUUUGCUGAGUGGACUGAGAGAAGCGGGGCGCAUUGCAGACCAAUUUCUUGGGGCCAUGUAUACUUUGCCCCGCCAGCCUACACCUGGGGUGCCCACACAACAAGCUACCAGCAUCUAAGGGAAUGAGGAGGGAUCAGAAGAGGACUAACAAAGCCACAGAGCUGCUGCUGGGUGAACAGCUUGGGAUGAAGACAUUCGUGUAGUUUGUUCAGAGCAUCUGCUGAAGGGACUUGGCCAUAAGUUGCUGUGUUAGAAUGGCCUUAUAGAAGCCAGUUGGCUUGGCAACCCUUGACAAAAACCUCAAAAAGCUGUUUCAAGUGUCAGCAUGUACAGAAUUCUUUACUACCAAAUUGGGCAAGGAGGUUUCUUUUGACUCUGUGGGUGCUUUCUGGACGUCAAGCUCAUAGUUGGAGUUUUAGAGGGUUUUAUUCUACCUGUUCAUGUAUUUACAAUCCAGUAACUGCAGAAAAGGCCCUUUAGAAGUUGGCUUCUACGAGCUGUAGCUUAGUGUAGAAUUUGUGGAAACACUUCUGCUUAAUUUUGUUCUGAAGAAUAAUAUUUUUGACCAAUUUUAUUCCUCCCCAGCAUUUGAGGAUUUGGUGCGACCGUUUCCCUCCCAGUAGCAGCGCAUCGACCCCUCCAAAGUGUGCCAAGCAUGCUGCAGUGGUAAAUAUUUUCAACAGAAGAAAUGACCCAAACUGGACAUUCCAAAGUUAAAAGCUAGGAAAAAAUCACUUGUAUUUGUUUAUAUAGAAGCAGAACUGCCCAGGCAGUAAGCUUGUGAAGGACUUCAUCUCAGGAUCGGUGUGUGCUGCAGCUGGGCUGUGCCUGCUGGGUUUUUACCCCUUUCUUUCAAAGCCCAAAGGGAAACACUUUCCUUUCUGCUGGGUUGGGGAGACACUGUUGCAGCUGCCAGGUUAUCCUUAAAGUGACUUUGACUUGGCUGCUUUUCUUUGUUUUCCUUCUUUCUCACCCAGUGCACAAGAACAUUCUCAUUGUGCAGAGUGCUCUUAUUUAAUCACUUAGGGCCUUCUCUCCCCUAUCUCUAGUUAGCACUGUGUUUUUCUUCUCUGAACUUUUCUCAUCUGUCUUCGUAGAGCCUACUGCCAUCUCUGUGACCUUUCACACUUUCCUGCUUCCCCUUUUUUCAGUCUUUGUUCUCUCUGAUGCUCUGUGUGUACAUGUGUGAUCUGUCCCACCUUCUGUUCCACUGGUGGAUUGGCACCCACCAUUUCCUGCUCUUCCCUCAGCACUGUCACUGCUCACCUUAUUCCUGAAGGUGAUGCACAGACAAACACGACCGCAGCCCCCAUUUAUUUAUAGCUGUGUUGGUUUUAUCUGCAGGCUUUCAGACUUGAUGAUGUUGCUUCUACUGUUUUCUUGUGCCUCAGUCUUCAAGCUGGAGAUCACUUUUCCUUCUGAUUGUAUCUGCUAUCUUCAUAGGCAGAGCUUCUGGCAGGCACUGAGAAUGGAGGGACAGUGGGAUAAAUCAGAGCUGGUCAUCCUUGCUUUCCCUUCCAGGAGAUGAGAGGACUUGAUGCUGCUUGGUUAGGACCUGGAAGUCCAGCAGGGCACAAAGGAGCAGUGUCCAAGGGAAGUUUCAGAGGGCACAGGCUUAUUUGAGACUUAAAGCUUCCCCCCUUCUGUUUAGGUAAAAGCCUACCUGGGAUAGAAUCCUAGAAUGGUUUGGGUUGGAAGGGACCUUUAAGAUCAUCUGGUUCCAACCCCCUGCUGUAGGCAGGGACA